AUGAGGAAGACGCAAUUGCUAGCAGUAUCGCUUUUGGGUGCUUGUACCAACGCUUUUCAGCUUCCCUUUCAUCUUCCUUUCUUCACUGACAGCCCUCAGACACCACUUCUCCCAGCAGAACCCCCUUCUAACAGGAUUGCUAUAAUUGGGGCUGGUGCAGGCGGAGCAUCAGCCGCAUUUUGGAUAGCAAAGGCGAAAGAGCGGUAUGGCUUGGAUGUUGAAGUGGACGUCUUUGAACGAAAUGGCUACAUUGGCGGACGCAGCACCGUUGUCUAUCCUUAUAACAACACCGAGCUUGAUCCCGUGGAACUGGGUGCAUCGAUUUUUGUCAAGGUAAACAAGAAUCUUUGGAGAGCUACAGAUGAGUUCGGCCUCGAGCGAAUCGAUUUCGGCGAUGAUGACAGCGGGAUGGCGAUUUGGGAUGGCUCUGAGAUUCUCCUCGAAACGAGUAGUGGAAGCUUCUACAGCGGAUGGUGGAAUACCCUGAAGAUCAUUUGGCGGUAUGGAUUCAAAAGUCCACAGCGCACCAUGGCUCUCGUGAAGUCUAUGACAGAACAAAUUGGGCUACUUUACUCGGAGCGGGCACCGCGAUUUGACAAUAUUACCGCGCUGGCCGAAACAUUACAUUGGCUGCCAUACGUCGCCCGUACAGCUGCCGAAUACUUUGAUACAGAAGGUAUCGACAGGCGCUGGACUCGCGAGAUGGUCGACGCGGCGACGCGAGUCAACUAUGGGCAAAAUGUGGAUGCCAUUCAUGCCCUCGAGGGCAUGUGCUCGCUCGCGGCUACGGGGGCGUCCAGCGUAAAGGGUGGGAAUUUCCAGAUAUUCGAAGAAUUCCUGAAGCGAAGCAACGCGUCCGUAUACCUCAACACGGCGGUGCUGUCGCUCACGUACGAUGAGGCUACUGGUACGUGGCUCUUGAGCACAUUCGGCUCGCAGGACAUCCGGAAGUAUAGAGGAGUCAUUCUCGCGGCUCCAAUCCAUUCAAGCGCCAUUGCGUUUUCUCCCGAGAGCCUUGUCGAAAUGCCCUCGCCGCAGCCUUACGUUCACCUCCAUGUUACUUUAUUGAGCACGCCUUCUUCGUCGCCGAAUCCAGUCUACUUUGGACUGGGUGAAACUACAGCACCUACGCAGAUUCUUACCUCGUUUGAUGCGGUGCGCAAAGGCACAGGGACGGGUCCAGAGUUCAACUCACUGACAUACCACGGGAAACUGAAAACGACGGACGGAAGAGCCUGGGAGGGGCCUCGCGGCGAGGAAUAUGUCAUUAAGCUCUUCUCAGGCGAGAAAAUGACGGACGAGUGGUUAGAGACGAUGUUUGGUUCAGUGGGGUGGGUCUUUCGGAAGGAGUGGGAUGCGUAUCCGGUUCUUCCCCCCACGACGUCCUUCCCGCCAAUCAAAAUCGCGCGGGGAUUGUAUUACGUGAAUGCAUUCGAGCCAUUCAUUUCUACCAUGGAGACUGAGACAGUGGCUGCACGAAAUGUUGUAGAUCUUCUCCUUCAAGACGAAUUUAACGCCGCAGUUUGUCCUCCGGGGGUGAUGGACGAUGAUCUCACUGGCAGUGAGACCUUCGUCCUUGGUUGGGAUUGUUAG